GCGGGGAGCCUCUUUAACUGCCCAUACGUUCACUCGGUGCAUUCGCCCGUCUGACCAUUACGUCGUGCGCUGUGCUUCUGUUGAGUUCGUUUCGCGCUUUUAAGGAGGAAUAUCAUAGAAAAGAAACGAAAAAGAAAGAAAAAAAGUAAUUAACCAAGAAAAAAAGAGACAAAGUCGGCGUCUAUUAAACAAUACCCGAACACGUUACUCCAAUUUUAAUUCCACGAAUUUACCUAUUUAAGACUGUUACACGACAAAGAAGGAAAAGAAUCGGGAACGGACGGUCUUAAAACGCGUGCCGAGAAACCAUUAGGGCUACGAAGUAAGAACAGAAGAGAGAACAAGAAGAACACGAAGAGGUAAAGGAGAGAGAGAUAGAUAGAGAGAGAGAGAGAGAGAGAGAGAAAAAAAGAUAGAAAAAAAAACGAAUAGUAUAGAAAGAGACCGAAAGAUAGAAGAAAUCUCUAGACCAACACACUAAUAAUACAGAACAUAGAGAGAGUGUGUGUGUGUGUGUGUAAAAUAAACGAAAAGAAAGGAUUAAAGUAAACGGCAAAGACGUCGUCGAAAAAAAGAAAAAUGCCGGAAACCGCGCACCACAUGAAUGGAUACGCGAACGGGCACACACCGCCCGAACUUCAGCAGGAUACUACUUUUUUAUUCACCUCCGAGUCGGUUGGUGAAGGACAUCCAGAUAAAAUGUGUGACCAAAUAAGUGAUGCCAUUCUGGAUGCACAUUUGAAACAAGAUCCCGAUGCCAAAGUUGCUUGCGAAACAGUCACUAAAACAGGAAUGAUACUACUUUGUGGAGAGAUAACAUCUAAAGCGGUGGUAGAUUACCAAAAGAUUGUUCGUGAGACUGUUAACCAUAUUGGUUAUGAUGACUCUUCCAAAGGUUUUGACUACAAGCUGUGCAGUGUUCUUUUGGCUCUUGAUGCUCAGUCACCAAAUAUAGCCGCGGGCGUUCAUGAAAAUCGUAGCGAUGAGGAAGUAGGAGCAGGAGACCAGGGGCUGAUGUUCGGCUAUGCAACAGAUGAAACUGACGAAUGUAUGCCAUUGACAGUUGUAUUAGCACACAAAUUAAAUCAAAAGAUAGCGGAAUUAAGACGAAGCGGAGAAUUAUGGUGGGCAAGACCAGACUCUAAAACACAGGUCACAUGUGAAUACAUCAUGGAUCAUGGAGCUUGCGUACCAAUAAGAGUUCACACAGUUGUCGUAUCUUUGCAACACAGUGAAAAAAUUGGCUUGGAUGAAUUACGUAAAGCUGUUAUGGAAAAAGUUAUAAAAGAAGUUAUUCCAGCAAGGUAUCUCGAUGAUAGAACAGUUUUCCACGUCAAUCCUUGUGGACUUUUUAUCAUCGGUGGACCACAGAGCGACGCUGGUCUUACUGGUCGUAAAAUAAUUGUAGACACUUACGGUGGAUGGGGAGCCCACGGGGGUGGUGCAUUUUCUGGCAAAGACUUCACUAAAGUUGAUAGAUCAGCUGCAUACGCUGCGAGAUGGGUUGCUAAAUCUCUUGUAAAAGCAGGUCUUUGCAGACGCUGUCUUGUACAGGUUUCAUAUGCCAUCGGUGUUGCCGAGCCCCUUUCUAUCACAGUCUUUGACUAUGGUACUUCAAAAUUAUCACAGAAUGAACUAUUAGGUAUAGUUAAUAAAAAUUUUGAUUUACGGCCAGGAAAAAUUGUUAAAGAGUUGAAUCUUCGUAAUCCAAUUUAUCAACAGACCAGUACAUACGGUCAUUUUGGUCGUGAUGGGUUUACAUGGGAACAACCAAAAAUUUUGAACCUCGAUUGAUGAGAGGAUGCGUACUAAAUCAUUAGACGUUACUCAUUUAGAGCGUCUUAAUAAUUACUUAUCCUCUUCCCCUUGCUCCUUGGCUGCCCUCCUUUGUCUCUCUCUCUCUCUCUCUCUCUCUCUCUCUCUCUCUCUCUCUCCCCUUUCCCUCUGCCUCCCUCCCUUUAUAUCCAUGAAGCGAAAUCUUUUAUCUCAUCAAAGUUAAUUCAAAAUCUUUGGAUUUACAUUCGCCACAUGUUUAUUCGGUUUUAAUCUUAAUUUAUUUGAUUAUUUUAUAUUACUUAAUUCUUCUUUUUUUUUCUUUUUAUUUUUAAAUUCAAUAAUAUAAAACGGGGGGAGACCAGUGGUCUGUCAUCUACAUUAGAUUUUUAAUACGCCAUGGAAAAUAUGUCGUGUCUAUAAUCAUGACAGGCAUAGUACAAAUUUUGUGCAUAAUCCGAUACGACGGCGUGGACAGUCCUUUGCUCCUCCUUUUUAAUUCCUCUUGAAUCUAA